CCUUUAUAUUCACCACCACAACAUUCCUCUCACUUGGCAUGAUUAAAAUAAUGUCAGGCCCUAUUCAUUUCCGGACGUCUGGUACUCAAAAAGCAACAAAUUCAGCAACGUUUAUUUCCCUUCCCAACAUUGUCUUACUAGAAGCCCUAUCAUCUACUAAGGAUAUAUAUACAUCUAUACAUAUUGAGUCAACGACACAAAUAAAUAAAAUACACGCAUCGCAUCUGACUCUGUCGUCCCGCAAACCCCCGUCUCGUCUUGAACAAAGUUUACGGCCAUGGUCCAUGGGUUCAUUCAGCGCCUGGGCUAGCGAUCCUUUGCCAAGCAGUCCUUGGUUCAUUCUAAGCACAAAUCCUUGAGCCAGCCACGAGGUACAACAUCGAUCCAGCAAACACAACGCUCAAAGGCCAAUGGGUCUUCAUUUGCUUGGGCCCUCGGGAUCCUUGUUCCAGGCUAGGUCCUGUCCUGGGAGAGGUAAUAUCCAUGGUCCGUUCAGUAUUAUAAUUCCGGGCUUCUUCGCAAUGAUAAAAUAGGCAGAGAUCUGCUGACAUGAACUUCUCCUGCUUCAAGAUAUUACGCUGUAUCCUUUGGCAGCACUGUCUGCGUUGAGAAGGAGUCUCCUUUGGUUUCGAGUGUGACAGAGCCUAUGGCAGGGCUUGUGGCAGUGGUCCAUUCAAUGAUAUCCAUGUUCCUGGUUGGCUCGCCUUGCAUAUCAGAUGACAGUGUAAUGUCCGAGUCUUUACCAGAUGAACAGUCCGAAUCAUGGGAUUUGGGUCCAGACAUAAACUUGAAAUCCAAUGAGCCUAUGUUGGAGAGUAGACCUGUAUGGCUUGCGGUGGAAGCCAAGUCCCAGGACAGUUUUGUGCUUAGAUUGCGCAGAGAUUUGCAUCGUUCAAUACCCAUGGGCGAGAUGUGCUCUCCCUCCUCAAUUAUCCCCGCAGUUUCUUGUCUGUUUCUGGGCAUCGCCGUCAAUCUCAUGGCUAUCACGGAUGUGAUUAUGGCCAUCUUCAGAAUAUAAUCUCGAAGCCCGGCCAUGAUCUCGUGCCUCGACUUUGGGGACUGCAUGAAGCAGUGUGACUGAGAAAUGAUGCAACUAAGUGCAACGAGACCAGCGACAGUGCCGAGACGGGCUCUGUGACUCAGUUGUCAGCUUCUCUUCCGAUUCCCAGUCCAAGGCGCCUACUGUUGAAAGGCCGGUGCGUGCAAGAGAAAAGAAACCAUGGCAGACACGGCUAGCAACAAGAAGAUUCUAGACAUCAUCAGCAUAAAAGCUCUGGCAGACACAUACAGACUUACGCAGCAUCCAAGUGAGGGUGCGGAGGUAACCCCAAGGCAACGCCAGUACCAAGGAGCGUCCCCGCGGGUAAGAUUAUUGCGACAUGGCGUACAAUUCGCCAUAUGAAACUCCCUGCUAUGUUAGGCAUGCUGUCCAUGGCAAUGAGUGGAUUGGGCUGAAAGGAGAGGGGGGGAGCAGCCCAAAACUGCUUAUGAAAUUGGAGCGAUAACGUUUACUCUAGACAGACAAUGAAAUCAGUCCAAGGAACAAUGCCGCUGAUUUGAGAUUCUGGCCGUAUCAAAGUUCUUAUAUUUAUGGACGCCCAACGCAAAGCCCGAAGCUAGCCAGUGCUGGAACCUCGCCAUUGGUAACGAAGCAAUGUAUGCCAGUGAUUAAUGCAG